AUGUGUGUGUUGUGCAUUAUUGUGGAGAAUGUGGGUGCUAAAUAUGGAUCAAUAAAGCACGAGUUAGUCCUCACCUCUUUCUCUGUUUCGUGCUUUACUUGGCGUUGCAGUGGCAGAGGCAGAAAAAUCGCGGGAGCGUGGAAGAAUGUGGUCUACACAUUACGAAAGCCUUCUCUGCCAAACCAUGGCGUUGUAGCUUCCUCGUGUUUCUGCACGCUCGCUGCUAAGCGGGUGGGAACUCACAGUGGAACCUUUCACUGCGACGAAGCACUCGCUUGCUUCAUGCUUCGCCUUACCCAACACUUCUCCAAUGCUCAUAUUCUAAGAACUAGAAACCCAAACGUUUUGGAAACACUUGAUGCAGUAGUCGAUGUUGGAGGCGUGUAUGACCCUAAACGACACCGUUACGAUCACCAUCAAAGAGGCUUCGAUGAAGUGUUGGGUCAUGGCUUUGCCACUAAGCUAAGCAGCGCUGGCCUUGUCUACAAGCAUUAUGGGUUGGAGAUAAUUGCAAAGGUGCUUCAGCUUGAUGAAGGACACCCUCAUGUACAUCAGUUAUAUAAAGCUGUAUACAGAAACUUUGUAGAGGCAGUUGAUGCUGUGGAUAAUGGAGUGAAUCAAUAUGACAUGGAAGAACCUCCAAAAUAUGUAAUUAAUACUAGCUUGUCCUCUAGAAUAAAACGAUUGAAUUUAGAUUGGAUGGAUUCUGAUCAGUCACCUGAGAGAGAAAAUGAGGCCUUUCAUCGUGCAAUGUCCCUGGCCGGUGAUGAAUUUUUGGAUAAUGUGAACUAUUAUGCAAAAUCAUGGUUACCGGCGCGGUCGAUUGUUAUGGAGUGUCUUGCAGCAAGAGAAACUAUUGAUUCUAGUGGAGAAAUCAUAAAGCUGACUCGACCUUGUCCCUGGAAAUUUCACAUACAUGAGCUUGAGAAGGAAAUGGAAAUUAGUCCUUCCAUCAAAUAUGUUCUUUAUCCGGAUGAUAGAAGCAAGAAGUGGAGACUGCAGGCAGUGGUAAUUUCACCUGCUAGAUUUGAGAGCAGAAAACCAUUACCAUCCCCUUGGAGGGGUUUGGAGAAUGACAAGCUUUCUGAGGUUGCUGGCAUCCCAGGUUGUGCAUUUGUUCACAUGAGUGGUUUUAUCGGAGGAAAUCAAACUUAUGACGGUGCUCUAGCCAUGGCUAGAGCAUCCUUAAAGGCUUAGGUAGUUCCUCUUUGAUAAGAUAUACAAAGGAACAAAAAGCAAUAGAACCAAGUGUUUUAAUUGAAGCAGUAUGGUACAUCAUACAGAGAGGUUCAGAACCCUUAGUGUAUGCAUAUCACUACAUCUCAAAAUGUAAUCAAGGGAACCAGUCUUGACACAUUUUCUUGUCAGUUCUAAAACACUAUUUUUCCGAACUAGUUCAAUGGUGACAUUUCA